CUUCGCUCGGCGGAUGUUUUUCGUUUACCGGACACACGUUUCCGAUCUCGAGCUCUGAUUCACCUGCUGUCCUUAAAACCAUAAACCGGCUGUCGGCGAGAUCAUAGAAGCACUAAAACUAAAAACACCGUCUCAUCGGUUCACGGUACCCGUUGUUAUCGCCGCGUUAGCUCGCACGCUCGCGAUGUUCCUGUCGUCGGUACCGGCGCGCGUCCUGAUGCGAAGGUCGCGCAGUCUGUCGCCGUGCCGCGCGCUGCAGACCGGCCACGGCGAGGCCUCCCGCUUCCGACACCUCUGUGAGCUCGACCCGAACCGGAGUCCGGUGGCCAGAGCCCCGCGAGCGUCCGGUAAGAGCGAGGAGUCGCGCGUGCAGUACCAUCAGCUGGCCAGCAGGUGGCGCGAGAGUCUGGAGGUCCGGCGGAGCAGCUGGGCGAGUCUGACCGCCUCGGGGCGCCACAGAGCCGGACACGAGAGCCGCUCACAGGCCGCUGGUGCUGCGGGCGUCGCGGGCGUCAUUUCAGCCGCGGCCCUCGCCUUCUGCUUUAAGAAGGACAGUGAUGAUAAAGUCGAGGCUCUUCUAGAUGCUGCUAGAUCCAGUAACACAGAGCAGCUGCUCAGGUUGUUGGCGCAGGGAGUUGAUCCGAACAGUCGACACCGUUUGGGCUGGACACCCCUCAUGGUGGCCGCCAUGAACAGACAGCACAAUGUGGUGAAGGUGCUGCUGGAGGCCGGUGCUGAUCCAAACCUGGGCGAUGACUUCAGCAGUGUGUAUGAAGCGGCUCGACAGAAGGGCGUUCACUCAUUAGAGGUGCUGGUGAGUCGUGAGGAUGAGUUCAGUAAUCGUCUCAGCAGCCGCGCUUCCUUCCGAGGAUGUUCUGCUCUUCAUUACGCCGCUCUGACCGACGACCUGAGGACCGUCCAGAUGCUGCUGGACGCAGGUGCCAACCCCUUACAGAAGAACGAGCUGGGACACACACCGCUGACGUACGCCAAAGAGGGAGAGACGGCCACGCUGCUGAAGGAGGCCCAGGACACGUUUGCGGAGGCGCAGCAGAAGCGUGAGGCAGAGCAGAGGAGGAAGUUUCCUCUGGAGCGCAGACUGAAGGAGCACAUCAUUGGACAGGAAGGAGCCAUCAAUACAGUUGCAUCAGCCAUUAGGAGGAAGGAGAACGGCUGGUACGAUGAAGAGCAUCCCCUCGUCUUCCUCUUCCUGGGCUCGUCUGGAAUCGGUAAAACGGAGCUGGCCAAGCAAGUGGCACGAUACAUGCAUAAAGACAUUAAAAAGGGAUUCAUCCGGAUGGACAUGUCUGAGUUUCAGGAGAAACAUGAGGUGGCUAAGUUCAUCGGUUCUCCUCCAGGAUACGUGGGUCAUGAAGAAGGAGGUCAGCUGACCAAACAGCUCAAACAGUGUCCGAACGCCGUGGUUCUGUUCGAUGAGGUGGACAAAGCUCAUCCAGACGUGCUGACCAUCAUGUUACAGCUCUUUGAUGAGGGUCGACUGACUGAUGGGAAGGGGAAGACGAUCGAGUGUAAAGAUGCCAUCUUCAUCAUGACGUCUAAUGCAGCUAGUGAUGAGAUUGCCCAGCAUGCAUUGCAGCUGAGACAGGAAGCUCAGGAGCAGAGCCGCCGGCGUCUGGCUGAGAAUCUGGACGAUGUUCAGAAGAGCGAGAAGAUCACCAUCUCCAACAAUUUCAAAGAGCAGGUGAUCCGGCCCAUCCUGAAGGCUCAUUUCCGACGGGACGAGUUUCUGGGGAGGAUUAACGAGAUCGUUUACUUCCUGCCGUUCUGUCACUCUGAGCUCAUUCAGCUGGUCAGCAGAGAGCUCCAUUACUGGGCCAAGAAGGCCAAGCAGAGGCACAACAUCACGCUGCUGUGGGAGCGUCCCGUGCUGGAGCUGCUGGCCGGAGGAUAUAACCUGCACUACGGCGCGCGCUCCAUCAAACACGAGGUGGAGCGGCGGCUGGUCAAUCAGCUCGCGGCUGCGUUUGAGCAGGAGCUGCUGCCGAAGGGCUGUACUCUGCGUCUGACCGUCGACGGAGGACAGGAGAAGGACGGAGCUCCGGCUCUGCAUCUGGAGGUGGUGGGUGAAGACAGCUCCGGCCGAAAACUGGACAUCCGCCCGCCGCUGACCCCCGAGGACGUGACGUACGCUCACUGAGAGAAGCUGUGAGACUGGGACAGAGUCAGACACACACAAGCGCUUCAGUGUUCCUCUCACACACACACACAUCCGCUCACUGGCGUAUGCAGCGUUCAUAAUGUUAAUAACUCACACAUGAUGUUGGUAAUAACGUGUUCACACGUACAGAUGAAAGUCUUUGUGUGCAUCUCUGAUGAUGUUUUCAUCCCAAUCCAAGUGUAUUCUAUACUUGAUGAAUAUAUGAAAUAUAAACGCAGUUAAUUCAUGUUCCUGAGCGUUAUUCCAAAGAAGAAAAUAACCCUUUACAGUAAGGUUUCAUUUGUUAACAUUCCUAAACUUGAACUGACAAUGAAAAAACAUUCAAUUAUAUUUAUGAAAUCUCAUUAGAAAUGUCAAUAUUAUAUUCGUAUGUGUAUUCUAAAAUGAAUAAAUAUUAGUAGAUUAUUAAAUUAAAACGUUGAUUAGUUAAUGCACUGUGAAAUAACACUGAACACUCGUAUUCGCUUUAUUUUAUGGUGUGUAAUUAUGCAUUUAAUUACUGAGUGAUAUUAAUUAGCUGCAUGUAUUUACUGUAUGAUUAAAGAUGAGGGUUUGUUUAGUUGCAUGUAAAUAUGCAUAGUUGUGGUGUUAUUUCUAUAGUAAGUACAUGUACUGUGAACCUGAACAAGAUUAAUAAAUCUAUAAACGUGUAAAUUGCUCACUGUUAAUUUGUGUUAAUAGAUGAAUGUUAACAAAUAAACCCUUACUGUAAAUCAUAAUCUGAAGCACUGUUCCUCUAAUACAGCACGGAGAACAUGAAUGGAGUCGCGCUCUGCAUGUGUCAGAUAUUCAGAAGAGACUGAAGUCUUGAUCAGAUCCUCAGAAAGAUGAUCUUCUGGUGCUGGUGUUUGUUUGGUGCAGGUUCACUCACUCAUUGUCAUGUGUGUGGUUUGAUUGUUCCUGUACACAAAGCUCAAUAAAGUCGAGAAAGGUCAA